AUCACAAGAACUAUCAACCAACUUCUCGACGGUCGUUCAAUCCUUCUGCGAUUUCUUUCAACUUUGAAGAGUUGUACAGGAAUCUUCUCAGAUGUAGCUCCAAUAAUGAUCAAGCAUUCAAGUCGUCGAGCAUUUCAUUCCCUUGCCACAAAACCUACUGAAUUUGCCCCGAUAUCCUCUGCUAAACCAGCAAUUUGCCAUAACUACUCUCGCCUCCUCCGUUCUUGCAAAGAUUUGAAGUCUCUCCUACAACUCCAUGCACAUUUUCUGGUUUCAGGAGCGCAACUAGAUGAUAUCACGCAUACGCAACUUGUGAACUCAUACUCGUUGUUUCGUAAGCCAGAAUUGGCUCGCUUGGUUUUCGACUCUGCAUCAAAUCCCAGUGUUAUUUUGUGGAACUCCAUGAUUAGAGCUUAUACGAAAAGCAAUCAGAACAGAGAAUCUCUCGAACUGUACCACUAUAUGUUGAAACGCCUUAUAAAACCAGACAAAUAUACCUUCACUUUUGUUCUAAAAGCUUGUACUGGAGAUUCCAACUUGGAAGAGGGUGUUCUCGUUCACCGUGAGAUAGCUAAGAGAGGUCUGGAGUCCGAUGUGUUUGUUGGGACUGGUUUGAUUGAUAUGUACUGCAAAUUGGGUGACAGCAGAACUGCACAGGAUGUGUUCGAUCAGAUACUUGAAUUGGAUGUUGUUGCAUGGAAUGCAAUGAUUGCCGGACUCUCUCAGAGUUCUAAUCCUCAAGAAGCCUUGGUUUUUUUCCGGAAGAUGCAAUUGACGGGGUUGCAACCCAAUUCAGUAAGCUUGCUGAACUUGUUCCCUGCUAUCUCUCGGUUAUCAGCUCUUUUGUUGUGCAGAUCUGUUCAUGGUUUUAUAGUUAGGAGAGAGUUUCCAUCUGUUGUUUCAAAUGGGUUGAUUGAUUUGUACUCGAAGUGUGGCAAUGUUGAUAUUGCUCACCAGGUUUUUGACCGUAUGCAAGGCAGGGAUGAUGUUUCAUGGGGAACGAUGAUGUCUGGUUAUGCUCAUAAUAAUUGUUUCAUUGAGGUACUGGAGUUAUUUGAUUACUUGAAAAGAGGAAAUUUAAAGCUGAAUCAGGUAUCAGCAGUGAGUGCGCUUUUGGCUGCAGCUGAGAUAAAAGAUUUAGAGAAAGGAGAAGAGAUCCAUGAUUAUGCAGUCCAAGAAGGGAUUGAUUCGGAUAUUUUGGUUGCUACACCCCUUAUGACCAUGUAUGCAAAGUGUGGUGAACUAGAGAAGGCUAAAAACCUUUUUGAUGGCAUCUCCGGAAGGGAUAUAGUUACUUGGUCUGCAAUGAUGGCUUCUUUUGUCCAAACAGGACAUCCCAAAGAAGCAUUGUCUCUAUUUCAAGAAAUGCAGGAAGGAAAUCUUCAACCAAAUAGGGUAACUUUAGUGAGUAUCCUUCCAGCUUGUGCAGAGCUGUCUGCUGUGAACUUGGGGAAAAGCAUUCACUGCUAUGCUAUAAGAGCUAGUAUUGACUUGGAUGUUUCCAUGGGAACAGCCCUAGUGGCCAUGUAUGCUAAGUGUGGAUUCUUUACCCUGGCACAUGUUGUCUUCAACGAGAUGCCAUAUAAAGAUGUAGUAACAUGGAAUGCUUUAAUUAAUGGGUAUGCUCAAAUUGGUGAUGCACACCAUGCAUUGGAAAUGUUCCAUAAGAUGCGCUUAGCAGGGCUUUCCCCAGACUCUGGAACCAUGGUUGGAGUUCUUCCAGCUUGCGUUCUCUUGGAUGCCCUAGAUCAAGGCAAAUGUAUUCAUGGGCAAAUUAUCAAGAGUGGGUUUGGGUCAGAUCUCCAUGUAAAAAAUGCUCUCAUUGAUAUGUAUGCCAAGUGUGGAAGCCUUACCACAGCCAAAUUCUUGUUUGGUGAAACUGAAUUCACCAAAGAUGUGAUAUCCUGGAAUAUAAUGAUUGUCGGGUACUUGCAAAAUGGAUAUGCUAAGGAAGCUAUAUGUGCUUUCCACCAGAUGAAAUCAGAGAACUGCAAGCCCAAUUUAGUAACAAUAGUUAGUGUUCUCCCAGCAUCAGCAUACUUGGCAGCUUUGAGGGAAGGUAUGGCUCUUCAUGCCUACACAGUGAGGACAGGAUGUGAAUCUAACACACUCGUCGGGAAUAGUCUCAUUGAUAUGUAUGCUAAAUGUGGGCGGCUUGAUCUUUCAGAGGAUUUUUUUGAUAGAAUGAGCAACAAAGACACUGUGUCAUGGAAUGCAAUGCUUGCAGGUUAUGCUAUACAUGGACAUGGAAACCAUGCCAUCACACUUUUCUCACAAAUGAAAGAGAGCUGUGUUGAGGUUGAUUCAGUAUCAUUUGUCUGCACCUUGUCUGCAUGCAGACAUGGAGGUUUAAUAGAAGAAGGGAGGAAGAUAUUCAAUUCCAUGAGCUCCAGAUUUAACAUUCAACCAGAAUUAGAACAUUAUGCUUGCAUGGUGGAUCUCUUAGGCCGUGCAGGACAAUUAGAUGAAGCUUGGAAUUUUAUCCAGAGAAUGCCAAUGGUACCAGAUGCUGGGGUAUGGGGGGCCUUGUUGGGUGCAUGCAGAAUGCACUCCAACGUGCAUUUAGGAGAGGUGGCAUUGAAUAACCUUGUUAGGCUUGAGCCUCAAAAUCCUGCUCAUUAUGUGGUGCUGUCCAAUAUUUAUGCUCAGUCUAGCAGGUGGGCUGAUGUGGGGGAGAUGAGAACAAAGAUGAACAGUAAGGGGUUGAAGAAAACUCCUGGAUGUAGUUGGGUUGAAAUCAAGGACACAGUCCAUGCAUUUAGAGUGGGUGAUCAGACCCACCCACAAUUAGAAAGCAUGAAUGAGAUUUGGAAUGGUUUACUUGAUAAAAUGGAAAAGAUGGGGUAUGUUCCAGAUACGACUUGUGUGCUUCACAACGUGGAGGAAGAAGAGAAAGAAUCAUUCCUCUAUAGUCAUAGUGAAAGAUUAGCCAUAGCAUUUGCUCUUCUUAAUACAGGACCUGGCAUGACUAUCCAGAUAGUUAAAAAUCUCCGUGUUUGUCCAGAUUGCCACACUACCACAAAGCUCAUUUCCAAAAUCACAGGCAGGAGGAUAAUUGUCAGGGAUGGCAGUCGUUUUCAUCACUUUGAGAAUGGAGCUUGCUCAUGCAAGGAUUACUGGUGAAAUUGAGAAAAUGACAUAUACAUUGAUGAAAAAAUUGAGAAUCACAUAAGUUGUUCUUAGAGUAAUGCCUCCACAACUGAGAAUCACUUAAAUGUAGAAGAGGAAGACAAAGAAUCAUUCCUCUAUGAUCAUGGUGAAAUAAUAGUCAUGGCAUUUUCUCUUCUUAAUACAGAACCUGGCAUGACCAUCCAGAUGGUUAAAAAUCUGUGUUUGUAGAUUGCCGAACUACUACAAAAUUCAUUCCAAAGUAACAGGCAGGAAGAUAAUUGUCAGGGGUGCCAGUCAUUUCCAUCACUUGGAGAAUAGUACCUUCUCAUGCAAGGAUUAAUGGUGAAAUUGAGAAAAUCACAUAUAUGUUGAUGAAAAAAAUUGAGAAUUGCAUUAAGUUGUUCUUAGAGUUAGAGUGAUGCCUCCACAACUGAAUUAAAUUCUAACAUUGGAGAUGCUGACUGAAUUCAAGUUGAAGCUUUAAAUUAACUGUGAGUACAUUGCUUCUCUUCUAAAUAUCAAAGAGGAGACAUGAACAUGGCACAUCUACGUUUGUCAUCUUAUUUAUGAUUGUCCACCCAUGAAAGGGAUGUACAGUGUAUAUAUUCAUGCAUCUACUAGCCAUGACACAUGCUUCAUCAGAUUUUUCAUAUAUAUUGCUGUUGAAUAUGUUAUGGGAUUGGAUCAUCAUAUUGUUGGAAUAAUAGGCUGAUAACA